AUGUUAUUACUUUGUUUAUUAGAACUCACCUCUGUGUAUCAGCCAAAGUUCAAAUCCAACCUGAAAGAGAAGUUUAAAAGAAUUAAUGAAGGAAUUUCACAGCAUGGAAGCUCAGCACUUCUGAAUGAGAUCUACACAGAGCUCUACAUCACAGAGGGUUGGAGUGGAGCCGUCAAUAAUGAACAUGAGGUGAGACAGAUUGAGACAGCGUCCAGGAGACCAGCAACACAGGAGACACCCAUCAAAUGUAAUGACCUUUUUAAAGACAAGUCCGUCAGAACUGUGCUGACUAAAGGAGUUGCUGGAAUUGGAAAAACAGUCUCUGUGCAGAAGUUCAUUCUGGACUGGGCUGAAGGAAAAGCAAAUCAGGACGUCUUCUUCAUGUUUCCACUUCCCUUUAGAGAGCUGAAUUUUAUGAAGCAGAAAAAUCUCAGUCUGAUGAACCUUCUUCAUCACUUUUUCCCAGAAAUGAGAAAACUACAAUUAAUAGACUGCGACUCCUACAAAGUGGUGUUGAUCUUUGAUGGUCUGGAUGAGUGUCGACUUCCUCUAAAUUUCCAGAACAAUGAGAGAUUGUGUGAUGUGACAGAGUCAGCCUCAGUGGAUGUGCUGCUCACAAACCUUAUCAAGGGGAAUCUGCUUCCUUCUGCUCUCCUCUGGAUAACCUCUCGACCAGGAGCAGCCAGUCAGAUCCCUCCUGAGUGUGUAGACCAGGUAACAGAGGUACGAGGCUUCAGUGAUCCUCAGAAAGAGGAGUACUUCAGGAAGAGGAUCAGUGAUCAGAGCCUGGCCAGUAAAAUUAUCAGACACAUGAAGUCUUCAAGAAGCCUCUACAUCAUGUGCCACAUCCCAGUCUUCUGCUGGAUUUCAGCAACUGUUCUAGAGAGAAUGUUGGUUGAAGCAGAGAGUGGAGAGAUCCCCAAGACUCUGACUCAAAUGUUCACACACUUCCUGAUCUUUCAGAUCAAACACAAGGACCAAAAGUACCAUCAGAACUGUGACCCUGAUCCUCAGCACACCAGAGAGAGUAUCCUGGCACUGGGAAAACUGGCUUUCCAACAGCUGGAGAAAGGAAACCUGAUCUUCUAUGAGGAAGAUCUGAAAGAGUGUGGCAUUGAUGUCAGAGAAGUGUCAGUGUACUCAGGAGUGUGUACCCAAAUCUUCAGAGAGGAGUUUGGGCUUCACCUGGGGAAGGUGUUCAGCUUUGUACAUCUGAGUGUUCAGGAGUUUCUGGCUGCUUUAUAUGCAUUUCUCUCCUCCAUCAGCAGAAAUGUAACCAAUCAACAAACCACUGAUCUGUCUGAUCUUCUCAGAAAGUCAAACAUGUCUGAUUUCCUCAGGAGUGCUGUGGACAAGACUUUACAGAGUGAUAAUGGACACCUGGACCUCUUCCUCCGCUUCCUAAUGGGUCUCUCACUGGAGUCCAAUCAGACUCUCUUACGAGGCUUAAUGCCACAGACAGGAAGCAGCUCUCACAGCAAACAGGAAACAGUCAAGUACAUCAAGGAGAAGAUCAGGAAGAAUCCAUCUCCAGAGAAAUCCAUCAAUCUGUUUCACUGUCUGAAUGAACUGAAUGAUCAUUCUCUAGUGCAGGAAGUACAAACUUACCUGAACAGAGGAGGUUACAGGUGUCUCAGUGGAACCAGACUCUCUCCUGCUCAGUGGUCAGCUCUGGUGUUUGUGUUACUGAACUCAGAACAGGAGCUGGAUGAGUUUAAUUUGAGGAAAUAUGACCCUUCAGAGGAAGGUCUUCUGAGGCUGGUGCCAGUGGUCAAAGUCUCCACAAAAGCUGUUUUGUAUGGGUGUAAUCUGACAGAGGAAAGCUGUAGAGUUCUGUCCUCAGUUCUCAGCUCAAACUCCUCCAGUCUGAGAGAACUGGAUCUGUGUCACAAUAAACUGCAGGAUUCAGGAGUGAAGCUGCUCUCUGCUGGACUGGAGGAUCCACACUGCACACUGGAGAUACUGAGGCUGUGUGAGUGUAAUCUGACAGAGGAAAGCUGUAGAGUUCUGUCCUCAGUUCUCAGCUCAAACUCCUCCAGUCUGAGAGAACUGAACCUGAGUGAGAAUAAACUGCAGGAUUCAGGAGUGAAGCUGCUCUCUGCUGGACUGGAGAAUCCACACUGUACACUGGAGAUACUGAGGUGUAUAUACACACACACACACACACACACACACACACACACACACAGAGGUCAGAUUUUCACUUUAUCACCAAAUUUUACAUACAGAAAUGAGUGUAUGUUUUUAUGUAGCUGUAAAUUUUAAAAACUAUGCUUAUGAAUUGUAAUUAUAGCUGUUUAGAUCUUGUGUCUCUGCUCGAGGUGUAACACAAUGCUAUUAUCUGUAUCUGUUUAGUUCUCAAAAUAUUCAUAACUGUUUUUGUAUUUGGAUUUAGACCGGAACUGGGCAUGGUCUAUACCAGAGGGUUUUUUGCAUGAACCCUAUCACUAUGCCCUGAAAAACAGUGAAAAAAGUCAGAUCUGCUGAAAAUAGAAAACAUUUUUUUUUUUACAAAUUAUAACACAUUUAUUUAUUUAUUUGGUUGGUUGGUUUGUUAUUAUUAUAUAAAUUUUAUUCAACUCCUGAACCAGACAUCCUGUGGAACUUUAUGGAAAGUUUUCUGUCUUCUAUCUAAUGUGACUGAGUAAAAAAUCUAACUGUUUUUCAAAACAACAAUGUCUUUCCAAAUCAAGAAACUGUUAUUUACUGAUGACAACGACAGCCACCUAAUAAUAUUUGAUCAGAUUUAUUUUAGCCUUUGUGUUUGUUACAUUCCAGAAAGAUCAGAAAAGUUCACUGGACACACUAUCAGAAUCUGUUAUAAAGCUGGACAUGGUACCGGCUCCAUUAGAACAGAUAACAUCAGAGAAAUUGGCUUAUUGACCUCACUGUA